UUGUUGCCUGGUGCCAUUUAUUUUACUCCAGUUUUAUAAUGUACCAGCAUUGCUGUCUGGGUGUCAUUCGUUUCAGUCUUACUCUACUGGCCAUCUCGGAAACACGCAAUUACACACGGUUGCGGUAUUUCCUCUGUUUAAACAGUCCAUCAUGUCAUUUCUGACGCAUUUUCGGGAGAGUGUUUCAAUUAACCAGGAGGAUAUUGUCGAUCUCAACGGGGGUGGUUUCUUCAUUGAUUUGCCGCCUGUCUGUCCGAUACCGAAUACAACGACUAUCGAUCUCUCGGACCCCAGUAUCGCCGUUCGCUACGAGUACAACUCGGUUCACACCGUCUUGGUCACGAUCGUCUACCCAUGCAUCUGCCUAUUCGGUAUCUUGACAAACUCGAUAUUCCUGCUGACGGUUUUUCGGGUGCCGGAUAUGAGAACUAUCACAAACGCAUAUCUCAGCAAUCUAGCAGUAUCGGAUAUCAUGUUCCUGUCUACAGGUGCUGGUUUUGGUCUCUGGAAGUACUUGUCGACACCAGUCACGGCAGAUUACUCCAUAUGCGGCGGAGCGGCCGGCUGCUUCUUCACAACCCUGCUGAAUAAUACUCCCUUCCACGCCUCAACCUUCCUUGUUACUGUGGUAACGGUAGAAAGAUACCUGGCAGUUUGCCGCCCGAUACUUCACCGGAAUAUCAACUCUAGGGGGCACACUAUUGGCCUGCUUGCAAUCACGUGGCUAGUUGCUGCGUGUCUGGCCGUCUUCGUGUUUUUUGGUGGCAGCAACUAUAUCGUCAAAUGCGUCAUGUGGCCUGAUGACAUUCGUUAUUCCAACUUUCCACAAACCAUCGCGAGCUGCUAUAAUUCGGCGUUGUGGGCGUACGUCUUUGUUGCGUUUGCUUUGACCGCUCCGACCUUUCUAGCUUUUCUCGUCACCUUUACACUAGAUGUGUUUAUCGUACGGAAGCUGAGCAGACGCAUCAACAAAUUUGGCAGCGAACAGCCGUCGUCUCUCGCCCAAUCUCGACGCAUCCGAGACCGCGUUGCUAAGAUGCUUGUAAUAACUGGUGCCCUGUUCUUCACCCUUAUUACGCCUCGUUUCAUCUUGUCAAUAUACUUCUUCGUGACAUUUUUCGCAGGUGCCCCAGGCUUGUCGCCGGACGCAGAGUUUAUUGUUUUCGUAACAACCAACGCUCUUUUGUACGUGAAUUCCGCGAUAAACCCAAUUAUCUACGCAUUUUCAAAUGGUCGUUAUAGGCAUGCAGCUCGUUUAGCUCUGUGUUCGCGAUCAGUUAUUUAUGCUGUUCACACGUAACUGUAAUUGCACUAUACAAGAAAAAACGGUGAUUAGUCCCAUAAAAACUUCCAAAGCUCAACAAUUGCUAAGAAAGCUAAAGUGUUUUUCCUUUUUUUGUUUAAAGAUUAAUCAUACUGAAGUUUGUUGUCUUAUUGUGUAAAACACUACAGGUCAGCCAGUUCAUUUUAUUAUUAAUUACGAAGCUUUGUGGUUUUUUUGUUCCACUAAAUGCACGGCAAACGAUCAUUUGUUUUAAACGUGAUGAACACCAUUUUGGGCAAACAUUUAGAAAUCGAACAGGCAAAAUGCUACGAAAUAUGCUCCUUGAUUGUAAAUAAUAGGAUCGUGCAUCCUGUAUUAAAAGAUCCUACGCUGUCUGUCUGAUGUCUGUUCGUCUGAUGUUCGUCUGUCUGUCUGUUAAUUGUCACGUUUCUUUGUAAAAGGCCGAAGGAGUUUGCGGUAACACAAAAUGCAAGGCGUGAU